AUGUCAUCAGAACAAAAAUAAAUUCGUGGUAGUAAUAACACAAUAUAUCAAUAUAAAGAAAGUGAUCAACUUGGUAGUGGUUCAUUUGCGAGUGUAUUUAAAGGUACAAACAAUGAUAAUGGUCAAGAAGUAGCAAUAAAGGUUAUAAACAGAUAAGCCUUAAAAAAAUAUGGCGACGAAAUAAUCUAAGCAAUAGGAGAUGAAGUAAAUAUUCUUUAGUAAAUAGCUUUGAUGUAAAAAGAAGACCCAUGUCCUUUUAUAGUAAAAAUAUAUGACUGCUUUUAAACUACAAAUAAUAUAUAUAUUGUACUCGAAUAUUGCAAUUAAGGAAAUCUUUUAAAUGUACUAAAAUAACCAAAAUAUUCUAAAGGAAUACCUGAAUAGGAAGCAAUUAGAAUAUUCUUUUAAAUUGUUUCUAGUAUUUAUUAUUUAUCGAAAUAUGAUAUUGUUCAUAGGGAUAUUAAACCAGAGAAUAUUUUUAUAAAUAAUGGAGUAUAUAAAUUAGGUGACUUUGGAUUUGCUAGUUAAAAGAAAUUAUAUUAAACUACUUUAGGUACUUAUCCUUAUAUGGCACCUGAAUUUUUUAAAGAACCUUCUUAUGAUAAACUUGUAGAUGUAUGGGCUGUUGGUAUUAUGUAUCAUGAAAUGCUUUUUAACGAACUUUAUUUUAUGGGAACAAGUUAAUUUGAUGUUUCAUAGAAAAUUUGUAAUAAAGCUUAUAUUAUUAAAUGCGAGAAUCUUAUUUCGAAAUAAUCUUAAGAUAUUUUAAAAAGAAGUAUUUGUAAAGAUCGAUCAUUAAGAAUUACUGCAGAAUAAUUAUAUGAACAUGAAGCUUUUUCUGCUAUUAAAAAAGAUUCGUAAAUUUUAAAAAUUAUCUAAGAUUCUCAUUUAUCUUAAUAAAAUUUAAUUUUGAUUGGUUGA